CUUCACGGGAUAAAAAGAAAAUAAAAUUAAACCAGCAAAAAGUCAAGAGUCACAGAGGAUGCUGAAGUGAAGCAACUCCACCGUUGGAGUCGAACUCCUUUCCCUGUAGCUUUCUCUCGCUUCAAUGAUGACUCGUGAUGGGGAACCGGAGAAAUCUUUUGACUUCCCACUUCGGACAUGGAAUGUUCCAACAAAAUCACAUCUUGGAAACUCAGACGACGCUAAUGAUGUUCUGCAAAUUCCGAGCAACAGGCCCGCCCAUCCAUCAGCAACCCAAGCCCAAGAUUCCUCAGUACCUUCCUCUUUUAUUAAUAAAUGCAUUACUCUGUUACCAAGCCUAGUAUUAAAUGCAGCAGCUGGAGAAUCCACCCACCUUACCGCAAAAAAAUCUCCACUAAUCCCUUCCCUUUCUCCGCCAAAUGGGUUCCUUCGAUCCUUCUUUAACAUCAAAUGUCCACCGCAGCCUCCGCCAUUCCCACUGUUUCUUCACCCGUCACCACCACUGCUCCUCCCUCAUCCACUUACCUCACCAAUCUCGGUCUGGGUUAUUCCAUAGCCAUAGCACUUGGUUUCCUCGUCCUCCUCUCCACAGUUCUCCUCGCUUCCUACAUCUGCUGCCGGGCCUCUCGCAACCGUUCCCACAAUACGAACGACAACGAUAAUAAUCGAAACGACAACCCGAAUUCUCUCUCUGAUGGCAUAAUUCUCCCUCGCAUUAUCUUUGUGGCUGAAGACGAUGAUGACCUGGAACAUGACCAAGAAAGUGCAGGUAUUGGCCUCGACCAGGCGGUAAUUAAUUCAUAUCCGAAAUUUCAGUUCACUAAAGAUGGGAGUUUGGACGGGAAUUGUACUACUUGUCCGAUCUGUUUGUGUGAGUACAAGGAUUUGGAGAUGCUAAGAAUGAUGCCGGAUUGCAGACAUUAUUUUCACUUACUUUGUAUCGAUGCUUGGCUGAAACUUAAUGGGUCGUGUCCGGUUUGUAGGAACUCGCCGCUCCCGACUCCGCUUUCUACACCGUUGUCGGAAGUGGUGCCAUUGUCGCAGUACGCUGCGGAUCGAAGGAGGAGAAGGUGAUUUUUAUUUUGUUUGAUUGGUUGUGGAUUGGUGGUGAGUGAUCUGGGGAUCUCGUUUGGGAUGUUCCGGGAUUGAAAUUAUAAAUUUUUUUAGGUUUCUGAGUAGACAUAGGUAGGGGGAUUUUGGAUUUUCAUAUUUGUUACUGAUGAAUUGUGAUUUUGGUUUGCUUAGGGAAUGAUAAAAUAGACUGCUUGCUAGUCUUUCUGAUGUAAGAAUUUUCAGUUACUGUU